AUGACGAAUAGCAUUGGAGGCAAAGAAGAAAAGCUUGCCGAACACCGCACGGCCAUCAUCACAGACAAAGGCGGACACUGGAACCGGCCCGACUCGACGUUCCGCGACGUAGUUUCCGCUGAUGCCGGGGCCAAGUUUCCGCCAGAGAAAGGGCGAUACGUUCUCUACGUCAGCUUCGGCUGCCCCUGGGCGCAUCGUGCGAUCAUCGUAAGAAAGCUGAAAGGCCUUGAGGAGAUCAUCGAGCUCGUUGAAGUCGGCGAGCUCGUCGAAGGAAAAGGAUGGGCCUUCAACUCGCCGUCAGGACCAGACAAAGAUCCUCGGUAUGGUUUCAAAUAUCUACGAGAGCUGUAUGACAAGGCCGACCCGAGCUACGACGGAAGGAUCACUGUGCCGGUCCUGUGGGACACCAAGACGGAAACCAUCGUGAACAACGAAAGCAGUGAGAUCAUCCGGAUCUUCUUCAGCGCCUUCGACCAGCUCCUGCCAGAGGCUCGACGCGAAAGUUCAAAGGGCGCGGCCGCCCUGCUGCCGGAGGCGCGGAAGGCCGAGAUCGACGCGUUGAACGACCGCGUCUACCACACCGUCAACAACGGCGUGUACAAGUGCGGCUUUGCGGGCAGCCAAGACGCGUACGAGUCGAACGUGUAUCCGCUUUUCGACACGCUCGACUGGCUGGAAGAACGACUGUCGAAGGGCGGGCCGUUCCUGUUCGGCGAGCACCUCACCGAAGCCGACGUCCGGCUGUACACGACCAUAGCCAGAUUCGACGUUGCGUACUUCACUAUCUUCAGGUGCAACCUCAAGAUGAUCAGAUACGACUACCCUCACCUGCACAAGUGGUUUCGAAUCUUGUACUGGGACCCAGACAGCAAGUUCGAUGGGGCGUUCAAAGACACCACGAGAUUUCCUGAUUACAAGUCUGGCUACUCGAGGGCCGCAAAGAGCAAGAUAGUGCCUGCCGGGCCAGUUCCUGACAUCCUGCCUCUAUAG